AUGUCAGGCGAUAGUGAAAGAAAGCUUAAGAAGCUUAAGAAGUCUCGGUCAAACUCUUUUGCUGAGCAAGUUGCCGAAGAAGCUGAAGAACAAAUAAGACUUCAUCCCCAUCCAGUUCCAGAAGAAUCAAUGAAUGUACAUGAUGAUGGAGAGUUCCGUAAUUUAACAAGACACCAAACAACUGCUUCUCAGGCAGAAGAAUUGGAGAAUGCAACUGUUAACCCAUUCACUGGUAAUGAGUUUUCACAGAAAUACUUUUCGAUUUUGAAGACUCGUAGAGAUUUACCAGUUCAUGCUCAACGUCAAGAAUUCUUGGAUACAUUCCAUAAAUCUCAAAUUAUGGUGUUUGUUGGUGAGACUGGUUCCGGUAAAACCACACAGAUUCCUCAAUUUGUUCUUUAUGAUGAGAUGCCUCAAUUGAUUGGGAAGCAAGUUGCUAUAACUCAACCAAGAAGAGUUGCUGCAAUGUCAGUUGCUGCUAGAGUUGCUGAUGAAAUGGAUGUUGAAUUGGGUGAUGAAGUUGGUUAUUCUAUUCGUUUUGAAAAUAAAACAAGUAAUAAGACCAUUUUGAAGUAUAUGACAGAUGGUAUGCUUUUAAGGGAAGCCAUGGAGGAUCAUGAUUUAUCUCGUUAUUCGUGUAUUAUUCUUGAUGAAGCCCAUGAAAGAACUUUAGCCACAGAUAUUUUGAUGGGUUUAUUAAAGCAAGUAGUUCUUCGAAGACCUGAUUUAAAGUUGAUUAUUAUGUCAGCCACAUUAGAUGCUGAAAAGUUUCAAAAAUAUUUCCAUAAUGCUCCAUUAUUGGCUGUACCUGGUAGAACUUUCCCUGUUGAAAUAUAUUAUACUCCCGAAUUUCAAAGAGAUUACUUUGAUGCAGCUAUUCGUACUGUUUUACAAAUUCAUGCUACAGAAGAUGAAGGUGAUAUUUUACUCUUUUUAACUGGUGAAGAUGAAAUUGAAGAUGCAUGUCGUAAAAUUUCACUUGAAGCUGAUGAAUUGAUUAGAGAACAAAAUUGUGGACCUUUAAAAGUGUAUCCACUUUAUGGUACUUUACCACCUCAUCAGCAACAGAAAAUUUUUGAAAAGGCUCCAGAGAAGUUAUCACCUAAUGGAAGACCUGGUAGAAAAGUUAUUAUAUCAACCAAUAUUGCUGAAACAUCUUUGACCAUUGAUGGAAUUGUUUAUGUUGUUGAUCCUGGUUUCAGUAAACAAAAGGUAUACAAUCCUCGUAUUAGAGUUGAAUCACUUUUGGUUUCACCAAUCUCAAAGGCUUCAGCUCAACAAAGAGCUGGUAGAGCUGGUCGUACUAGACCAGGUAAAUGUUUCAGAUUAUACACUGAAGAAGCAUUUAAAAGAGAAUUGAUUGAACAAAGCUAUCCUGAAAUCUUAAGAUGUAAUCUUUCACUGACAGUUCUUGAAUUAAAGAAACUUGGAAUUGAUGAUUUGGUUCAUUUUGAUUUUAUGGAUCCUCCAGCACCUGAAACUAUGAUGAGAGCAUUAGAAGAAUUGAAUUAUUUAGAAUGUUUGAGCGAUGAAGGUGAUUUAACAGCAUUAGGCCGUAUGGCAUCAUUUUUCCCUUUAGAUCCUACAUUGGCAGUUAUGUUAAUUGGAUCACCCGCUUUCCAAUGUUCUGAAGAAAUCUUAACUAUUGUUUCUCUUCUUUCAGUUCCUCAAGUGUUUGUUCGUCCAGCUCAAGCACGUAAACGUGCGGAUGAAUGUAAAAUGGCAUUUGCUCAUGCAGAUGGAGAUCAUUUAACAUUGUUGAAUGUUUAUGCGGGAUUUGAAGGAGAUGAAGCUUAUAACUUGGGAGCACAUCAAUGGUGUCGGGAUAACUUUCUUAGUUAUAGAUCAUUGGUGAGUGCGCGAAAUGUUCGUAAACAACUUAGACGGAUCAUGGAGAAUCAUGAAUUGGAAUUGAACUCCAUUGAUAUGGAAGAUCCCUCAUAUUCUACACAAGUUCGUAAAGCCCUUACAGCUGGAUUUUUCAUGCAAGUUGCCAAAAGAAAGAGCAGAAGUAAGAAUGGAUAUAUAACUGUCAAGGAUAAUCAAGCAGUAUUAAUUCAUCCUUCUACAACAUUAUCUAUGGAACUGGAUUGGGUAUUAUACAAUGAAUUUGUGUUGACCACCCAAAAUUAUAUUCGUACGGUUACACCUAUUAGACCAGAAUGGUUAUUUGAGAUUGCACCUAAAUAUUAUAAUAUGGCUCAUUUCAUGGAAGGUGAUGUUAAGAUGAGUUUGGAUAGGGUUUAUGAACGAGUAUCUACGUUUCAGAAACUUUCAGAUAAGAAAGAGAAGAAACUGAAGAAACUGAAGAAAUAA